CCAAAAAAAAGGAAGCGGAGCUGCUUUUCUUCUCCGCGAGCUUUCCCCACCUCCACCUCCCCCUCCCCGUCCUCCCGAGCUGCGGCGGCCGCAUCGAUUGCUAGGGCGAAAACCCGCUCGACUCUCCCGGCGAUUUCCGGCUCUCAGGGGGAGACAGGUGGAUCCGCGGGAAGGAUUCGGCUGCAUCCUCCUCGUGUCGUGUUGAGAUGGCUGGGCGCAAGGAGACCGCUCUCGACUUGGCGAAGUUCGUCGACAAGGGCGUCCAGGUGAAGCUCACCGGCGGCCGCCAAGUUACAGGAACUCUAAAGGGAUAUGACCAGCUUCUCAACUUAGUGCUAGAUGAAGCAGUUGAGUCUGAAAGAGAGCAAGAUGAUCCAUUGAAGCUAUCAGGGAAAACCAGACAGCUUGGCCUCAUUGUGUGCAGAGGCACGGCAGUCAUGCUGGUCUCACCGACCGAUGGAACUGAUGAGAUCGCCAACCCUUUCCUUGCGGACGGAGCAUAAGCUUGCACUUGGUCAAUUAUUUAGAACCGUGUUCUCAAAGCACCCUCGGAACAAUAUGUCCCAGUGAGGGGAAAAAAGAACUCCAUUCUCGUGUAUUAGUUGUACCGGUUGGUGAUGAACGCUGUAAUUUUCACUGUUGCGACUUAAAACAUCGACCCUAUGGUUGCUAACGUGCUGCUGCUGAGUACUUCCGUUUUC